GUGGAGGCGCGAUUGGCGGAGUUGGAGAACACGGCGACGGGCGCGAACGCGCAGACGCACAGGAUAUCGCAGCAAGAGUACGUGACGCGGUUGCACAGGCUGAACGAGGACAUCGCGAACGCGUGGUUGGCGGAGGAUCGGGUGAACGCGCUGAAAUUGUGCGUCAAGGUGGCGAAACUGUUGGGCGACACAAAGGUCGGGAAGUUUUAUCCAGUGCUGUUCGUGCUGGUGACGGAGGUGAUCGAGACCGUGGGUCGGUUGGUGUACGAUCGGAUAUUGCGGAAAUCCGAGGAGUCGACGUCGGAGGGGGGGACGAAGGCGUUGCCGGAGGACUUUAAGGCGUCGCGCGUGAGAACGGUGGCGAAGAAUACGUGCAGAAAUUGGUUUUACAAAAUCGCCACCAUCCGGGACAUCGUGCCGCGGAUUUACAUGGAGCUCGCGCUAUUUAAGUGCUAUAGAUUCAUUCAAGACGAGCCGCCGACGGUGCAAAUACGACGACUGAUGAAGAUGUCUCGCGGAGUGGCGGAUCCGCUCGCGGCGGCGUACGUUCGCAUGUACAUCGCAAAGUGCGCCCUGGCGUACGGCUGCGAGACCGAAGACAGCGCGAUGACGUUGGAAAUAUUGAAAGAGUUCAUGCCGUCCUACGUGAACGUGCUCGACGAGACCGCUGACGAGGACCCAGCGACAGCUUACAUUUUCCGGCUCGGCUUGCGCCGAACCGAGUACUCGGAACUCAUGGAUCCCGCCAUGGAGUGGCUAAUCGAGUGUUGCGCGACGAACCCCAACCCGUCGCUGCUGCAUAAAGUGCUGUAUAUGGGCGGUGAAACUCCGCCAGUGCCGUUCCUUCGCGCCGUGUUUCGCUCCUUGUCGCCGACGGUCGUUCGCGAAAACGCCCUCAAGCUCAUCGCGCUCGUGGGCGCGACGUCCACGGAUGAAGAUUCACUCGAGCAUAGGGACGCCAUGGCUGAUUGCUAUCGAACCCUCGUCGAUAAGUUUGAUGUCAUCGCGCCAAACGAAGGCGAUCGGUUGGCGAUAUUAGGCGACGUUUGGCGCGUCGUGCAGAAAUGGACUCACGUGGAACCGUAUUUGCGCGUCGCCGAGCGGUUUUUGCUCUACGUCAUCAAGUAUCUCGCGCAAGGUGAACUUGAGACGUUGAUGAAGGACGUUGCGAGACACGUGCACGCACACUUAGCCCAAGCUAAAGAGCGCGAGCCGACGAAAUCGGCCGAAUUACCCGCCGAGGCGAUGCGCUGCGUUGAGCGGGCGUUACGCGUCGUCACCGAUCAAUUUCGCGACGUCGAUUACCUCGUCUCCUUGAAGUGGUACGUGUACCUCGGCGAAAUAUUAGGCGGUGAAGCCAAGGUGAAAUUUAGCGCCGCUCUUCUGAAGUGUGGGUCGAGCGCUGGAUCCAUCUCGGAUCCCAUGUGUUUGCACACCCUGCUAGAAGCCGCGAGAACGGUACACGACGAUAUCGACGGCAUGAGCUCGGAAGAAUCGCGCGCCGAAGCUGAAAGCUUGGUCGUGGACUUCAUCAACAACGUCAGCUUUGCCGGUGACUUCGAGGCGCACUUGAACUUCCUUGUCACCGCUCGAAGCGCGUUCGCAAACUUGGACAUGGCGCAAGAAAUUUUAGUAUACCACGCGAUUUCUCUGAUGACGAGUGUGUACGAGCGCGUGGGCGUCGAACACACGAACAAGACGAAAGCCUUCGUCAACGCCUGCACGGCGUACUGUCAAAUCACGAUACCCAGUGUGCGUGGAGUCAAUGUUCGCCUACAACUGUUCAUGCUCACCGCGCAAGCGGCGAUCGUGCACGGAUUGAUUCAGCAAGUGGAUGGUCUGAUUCGCAGCGCGGUGACGGAUGCGCAAGAGAGCGGCGGCGAAACCGCCGUGGGCGGAUGGAUCGAUCUUCCCACCGAUCGCGCCGGCGCUGAGAUGCUAGAUUUCGUUCGGCGAUGCAGUGCUCUUCUCGUGGUACAGCCAGGGAAUUUAGAAAAAGGAGCAUUCUUGGUCUUCCGCGGGUUGAUGAAAGUCGUGGAGGAUUUCGAUUGGGAGCCGUCGAGCGCCGACGAAGUUCGCGCGUACGUCUCGUUGAUCCCCAUGAUCACUGCCAUGGCGCAAGAGACGAUACCCUUUAAAAUCGACGGCUUACAGUCCAACGACGUGCUAUUCGCCGGAGAGGAGGCGUACGUGGAAGAAGCCACCGAGCUC